UCGCCAAAAUUAUUCGGAAGGACCUCGAGAAUGUUCAUACGCUGUAAAGUUUAGUACUGCAAAGAUGAAUAUUUUUCGUAAAAGAACAGCGGUUGGACGAUCUGUAAAUGCAUGCAUCAAAAGAGCUUUUUAUCUGUAUUCCCCUGAGCCUUUCCAUCCGUUAUACGACAGAGUUCCGGAGUAUAAAAGCGCCGAGGAGGCUGUCCAAGUGAUACAGUCGGACAGUCGUGUGUACAUCCAUGGAGCAGCAGCCACCCCAGUCAAACUCGUGGAAGCCAUGACAGAGCACGGGAAGAAAGCAGGGCUCAGAAACGUGGAAAUCAUGCAUAUUCAUACAGAGGGGCCGGGCACCUACAACAACCCAGAAUACGAAGGCAUCUUUAGAUCGAACUCCCUGUUUCUUGGAGCUAAUGCCAGAAAAGCGGUCAACGAGGGGAGGGCGGACACCAUCCCUAUCUUCCUGUGUGAGAUUCCCCACCUGUUCAGGCGCCGCAUCAUCGAUAUCGAUGUGGCGCUUGUCACUGUGGCACCACCCGAUAAACAUGGAUUCUGCUCACUAGGCACCAGUGUGGACUGUACCAGAUCAGCAAUACAGAACGCACGAUACAUCAUAGCCAUGGUUAAUGAACAUAUGCCCCGGACAUUUGGUGACGGUGUGAUUCAUCAGUCUCACAUUGACGCCAUGGUGGAGCACAGCGAGCCGCUAAAUGAACUCCGGAGAGGAGCGUUAUCAGAGGAGGAAGAGAAAAUCGGCAAACUGAUCGCGGAAAACUUAGUGGUAGACGGGGCGACAUUACAAAUGGGUAUAGGAGCCAUUCCUGAUGCAGUACUAUCACAGCUGGGUCAUCAUAAGAAUCUGGGGGUCCAUUCGGAGAUGUUCAGUGACGGGGUGGUGGAGCUAGUGGAGAAGGGGGUCAUCACAAACUCCGAGAAGUCCAUACUGACGGGUCGACUGGUCAGUAGCUUCUCCAUCGGAACCAAAAUCCUCUACAACUUCCUCAACGACAAUCCCUCCGUAGAGAUGAGAGAUGUGGAAUUCACCAACAAUGUAGCCAUAAUUUGUCAGAAUCCCCGAAUGACGGCCAUUAAUUCGUGUAUUGAGGUUGACCUGACUGGUCAGGUGUGUGCGGAUUCUAUUGGAGAGAGACUUUACUCAGGGUUCGGGGGUCAGAUAGACUUUAUACGCGGGGCAGCCAUUAGUUUAGAUGGCGAGGGAAAAGCCAUCAUUGCGAUGCCUUCAGCAACAAAGAGAGGGGAGAGUAAACUGGUUCCCAUACUAAAGAGUGGAUCUGGUGUGGUGACGACGCGAGCUCACGUUCACUACAUCGUCACGGAGUACGGCAUCGCCUACUUGUUUGGGAAGAACCUCCGCCAGAGAGCCUAUGCAUUAAUUAACAUCGCGCACCCUAAUCACAGGGAGUGGUUAGAGAAAGAGGCGUUCAACAGACUCAAGUGUAUGCCCUCACCUUAAAGCCAUCAAAGCCUUAAAAUUCACACCUUUCAAAUUAUUCCUUAUAUAGGUCAGAAGCCCAGGAUAUUUCAAUUUUGGAUUCUUACUCAAUUCAUAGUUCUGAUAGUUGUUUUCAAGCAAAUGGUUGAAUGAUAAAUGAAAUAUGAUGUUCAGUUUCAUGUUUGUGUAAAAGCCAACUUGUGUAAGAAA